UCCUGGCCAGAUGGAUACUGAGGAUUCCGAGCGCGCUGACAGCCGAGUGUGGGAAAGCUAGCGGCGCAGUGAUGGAGAGGGCGACGGGACGGGAGGCAGCGGAUCAUUCCGCAUUAAGUGCUUGCCUGGGAUUUUCCCCUUAUCCGAUUGUGUCACAAUUUUAACGCAGGGAAUGGAGCGUUUGAUCAGAAUAUUGGACAACAGCACAUCCAGCUUCAAACAAGAAUAAAAUUGACCAUGGCCGAGUGUUCCGAAGUGGCUGGGAGUAUAGACUGGAAAGAGCGGUGCAUGACUCUUGAGUCACAGAUGCUGAAGUUUCGCGUGCAGGCCAGUAAAAUCCGAGAGCUGCUUGCAGAGAAGAUGCAACAACUGGAGAGGCAAGUAAUGGAUGCCAACCGUCGUGCUGACAAGGCGAACCAGCAGGUUCGCAUUAUGGAAGAAAAGCUAAAUGCAGCUAACAUCCAGACAAGUGAAUCCGAGAAUAAGUUGUAUAAAAAUUGCCAGGAGUUGGAGGCCCUUGUAGUGGAAAAAGAUGAUAUCAUUCAGCGUUUAGAACUCCAGCUGGAUGAACAGAAGCAUCUACGAGGACAGGAGGCUAAAGUUAUUGAAGAGAAAGCAGCUAAAAUCAAAGAUUGGGUGACAAUGAAGUUACAGGAGCUUGAAACUGAAAAUCAAAAUGUUAAAUUUGCCAACCAGCAACAAAUGGAACAUAUCCAGAUCCUUCAGACAAAGCUACAAGCCCUUACAGGGAGUCGAGAACAGAAGUCACCAUCUGGCUUAAGUGAAACCUCAAGCAAAGCACAGCGGUUAAGCAGCCUGACUUUUGGCUACUUUAAAGGAAAUCCCCAAAGUCUUCAGCAAAAUACUCUGGAAGCUGGAGUACUGGACAGACAAGUUACAGGCAAGGAAAUGAACAAGAGGUCCCACACAAAGCCUGUUCAAAAUACUGAAAUAGAUCAAAGGGGUUUCUCACAAAGCAACUGUGUAUCGGAAAUACAAGGUAGCAAAGGACUGACUAAUCACCAGCUUUUAUCUAAAGAAGAAGCCACAGCAUUUAUGCCUUUGAGUGAUGAUAGUUCCGAUGAAGGAGUGAGGAAAAAUCAAACAAGGUCGAAAUGCUGGUCAAACCUCUCUACUCGGACAUCAGAGGACGCAAUUAGACUUAGUCAGAUUGGGAGUGACACUUAUUUAACAGCGUCCGACGACAGCAGCACCGCAUUUGAUGAUGAGAGCGAAACUGAGCAAAAACCACCGUCACAGGAUGCAGAGUUCCUUCAGGCAGUGGAUCAUUUUCCAAGCGUCGCAAUCUCAAAAACACUAAAUAAAAAAAUAGAUCAGGAUUACUCUUCUGAUGAGUUAAACAAGAAAUUUCAAUCACAAAGGCUCGAUUCUUCGUCCAAUGAAAAGCAAACUCCAAGCCCAAUUCUAACAUCACCUACAGCAGUGACCAGCAUCCACCCCACAGCUUCCUUAACGGAAAUAAAUUCACUUUCAGACUUAACAGCUCCAAAGUUGAGGGUUCCUAAUGUAUUCAGUGUAAAUGUGGCCAAAGCAAAGAAGCAUUGUAGCCAGCCUCAGUUAAGCACUGAUCGCCUGUUUGGUGGAAACCGUAACGCUAUAAGUAUGAUGAGGCCAAUGGAUCACGAAGAGACAGAUAUUGAUGUCAUUGACGUUGAAAGUGAUAUUCUGGGGAAAAUGGAAACAGGCUACGAAGAGGGAAUGUUUUGCUAUGAAUCAAUUGAAACCUACAUCACAGAAGAGCAAUUCAACACAGGAGACACCAAAGGCAAAGUUCCCAGUAACAAACCACCAACUCCUCCUUUGCACAGAUUCCCUUCCUGGGAGAGCAGAAUAUAUGCAGUGGCCAAAUCAGGUAUGAGAAUGUCAGAGGCCAUUAGUGCAGAUCCAAGUAACAAAUGCACUGGCUUCAUGCCUUCACAAUCAACAUCGGAAUCUUAUACCAGUUUGGUCUAUAAUAACAUGGCCACUCCAGUUUAUACUGUUUUGAAAGGGAAAGCAACUCAGAUCAGUACCGGACCUUUCUCAGACGAGUCCUCUGAAAUGGAUGAAAGUGACAGCUCAAGAGGAAGCUCCAGGACUUCCAUGGCAGGAUCAGACUCCCGCAAAGCCAGCAGCCCCAGCAGUCCACGAGCCAUGAAACGAGGUGUUUCAAUGUCAUCUAUGACUUCAGAAAGUGAUUACGCCAUCCCACCAGAUGCAUAUUGUACUGACACAGAAUGUUCCGAGCCGGAGCAGAAACUUCCAAAAACAUGUUCUUCCCAUUCCAUUGACAGUGGAAAAAAUGAAUCAUUAGAAAAGUCUGGAUAUUUGCUAAAAAUGGGAGGAAAAGCAAAAACAUGGAAGCGGCGAUGGUUUGUCCUUAAAGGCGGUGAAUUGUUAUACUACAAAUCACCAAGUGAUGUCAUCCGUAAACCCCAGGGUCGAAUUGAGCUCAAUAUCUCAAAUCAUAUUGUCAGAUGUGAUGGAAAGCAAACAAUUCAGCUUAUUACAGAGAAAAAGACCUACUACUUGACUGCAGAUUCUCCUAAUAUUCUCGAGGAAUGGAUUCGGGUUUUACAGAAUGUUUUGCGCAUUCAAGCUGCCAGCCCCCUCUACACGCAGCCAGACACGAAGCCAUCGAUCGAAGGUUUACUAACCAAGGUGAAGCAUGGUUACUCCAAGAAAGUCUGGUGCGCAAUUGUUGGAAAAGUCCUUUAUUAUUUCCGCAAUCAGGAAAAUAAGUUUCCUUUAGGUCAGAUUAAUUUGAUGGAAGCCACAAUUGAAGAAGUGGACAGAUCAUGUGAUUCAGAUGAAGACUAUGAAACCAGUAGUCAGAGCCUGCUCUCUACACAUUAUACAAUUGCCAUUCAUCCCAAAAAUCAGGGGCCUACCUACCUCCUCAUAGGCUCUAAACAUGAAAAGGACACCUGGUUUUACCAACUAAUUGUAGCUUCAGGUUGCACUGAUAUAAAUGUGGGAACUGAAUUUGAACAACUGGUCGGCAACCUGCUGAAUGCAGACAAUGAUUUAUCCCCUCAGAUUUGGAUGCAACCCACUCUGUGCUACUGUAAAGAUGGGAUAACGUCUCCCCUUACCACACUGCCAUCUGCAGCACUGCAAACUGAAGCACUCAAACUGUUUAAGACUUCCCAGUUAUUCAUCAACGUUGCUAUUGAUGCCCCUGCCAUUGACUAUCAUGUCUCACUGGCUCAGAGUGCUUUACAAGUGUGUCUCACACAUAAAGAUCUUCAGAAUGAGAUCUACUGCCAAUUAAUCAAGCAAACAAGAAAGCAGCAAACCCAGAAACAGGCUGGAACACUGCAGGGAUGGCAGUUGUUGGCUCUGUGCAUUGGCCUUUUUCUUCCUCAGCAUCCUUUUCUCUGGUUACUCAGAGGUCAUCUGCAGCAGAAUGCAGAUCCUAGAACUGAAGUAGGAAAGUAUGCUAUUUACUGCCAGCGAUCACUGGACAGAACUCAGAAAAAUGGAGGUCGGGAAUCAAAACCGUCUAGGAUGGAAAUCCUAUCAAUACUCCUGAGAAAUCCCUACCACCACUCACUACCAUUCAGCAUUCCUGUUCAUUUCAUGAAUGGCACCUAUCAGGUGGUUGGAUUUGAUGCAUCCACUACAGUGGAAGAAUUUCUACACACCCUCAACCAAGAAACUGGCAUGAGGAAACCUGUGCAGUCCGGAUUCUUUCUGUACACAGAUGAUCCUUCAGGAAAUGAUCAAGAGCACUGUCUCCAGGGAAACAUAAAGAUUUGUGACAUAAUUUGCAAAUGGGAACAAGCCUCCAAGGAACAGCAUUCUGGCAAAUAUGAGGGUAUUAGAACUGUCCGGCUCACCUAUAAGAACAGGCUGUAUUUCUCCACACAAGUUCGCGGAGAAACAGAUAGAGAAAAGCUCUUGCUGAUGUACCAAACUAAUGAGGCAAUUGUAAAUGGACGUUUUCCAGUCAACAAAGAACUUGCAUUAGAAAUGGCAGCACUGUUAGCGCAGGUGGAGUUUGGAGACUUUGAACGACCAUUCUCAACUCCAGCAUGUCAUAUCUCAAUGCAAUCUAAAUCAAACCAAGCACUGAAGCAAGUAAUAGAGAAAUUUUAUCCUAAAAGAUACAAACAAGGCUGUACAGAUGAUGAACUCAAACAAUUACAUCAGCGACUUUCUACUAAAUGGAUGGCUCUCCGGGGCCGUGUUGUUGCUGACUGCAUACGCAUUUACUUAGCUGUAGCUAGGAAAUGGCCAUUUUUUGGAGGAAAGCUGUUUGCUGCGAAGCCUAUAGUCCCACCACUAUCUGAUACUGCACCAGUAUGGUUGGCUGUGAAUGAGAAUGGCAUUAGUGUACUGGAAUACAGCUCAAUGCGUUUGAUAACAACAUAUAUAUACAAGAAUAUCAUUACGUUUGGUGGCUGUAGUGAUGACUUUAUGCUUGCAGUCAGAAAAUUGUCAGAAGGUGUAUAUGCAAAAGAUAAAGCAACACAAAAGCUCCUGUUUGCCUUGUCAAAGCCGAAGAUCCUAGAAAUCACUUCGCUUAUAGCCAGCUACAUCAAUAGUUUCCAAUACCAGAAAGGAGCUGUUCACCACCUUUCACUUCCAUCUUCACUUUCUGUCCAAACUGCAGGACAAAAAUUAAAGGAUAUGGGAAGCCAACCAUUACUUUCACAGGCCAGGCCAACCAAAGGACCAACUUUGUUAUAACUAUGAUGGAAUCAAAACUAUUGUGCUGCAAUAGAGCUAAUGUCAGAGAAGAAUCGUAAAUAUUCUUCCACCUCACACAUUCAGGAGGAAGAACAGAAAAAUAACAUUAAUUAUUGUUUCCAAAGGCCUGAAAAAGAAGAAAUAUUGGAAUAAAAACAGAAAAUGAUCAGACAGCAUUGAGAAAUGAUCUCAGACCUGUAACUGUCGAAUGUUUUCCUUUCCACAGAAGCUGUCUGACCUGCUGUGUAUUUUUUUGCAUUUUGUAUCUUUAGAUUUCCAACAAAUGCAACUUUUUUUUGAUUCCCCAAAGAAAUAUUAGUGCAGAUUCAGUCCUUUUAUUUUUACCAGAGUUGUUUCCUUGAAUAUAAUGUAAAGUACUGACCAUAAGUAGCAUGUCAAAAUAUACACUAUAAAUUAAUUCACAGCAAUAAUUCAGAUUAUAGAACAGUAACCAAAUUGUUGGAAUUGACGCAGAAUCCUUUUCUAAUGAAUAAAACAAAAUUCAGCAUAAUGACAAUAUUAAACCAUGUAUUCUGGAACUUGUUAUUGGAGGCAUCCUGCCAGUUGUCUGGCAUUUUCUUUAAUACAGUGCAUUGGAAGAUAGAUUAACAAGUGCAACCACUGUGCUCUGUGCUUUCUGAUAACAUUGCUCAGAGAGUUCCCUUUCUUGCACCCAAAAAUGCAGCUGGCCCAAUUCAAGAAGAAGAAGAAGCAAAUGUAAUUCUUACAAAUUUUCAUUCCUGCAACUGUAGAGUUGUUCUACAUUUUUACAUUCUACGUUUAAUUGCAUGAAGGACAAACAAGGUUCCUCUGGUAUAAAAUGUGAUGCCAGCUAAGAGAUUGUACAGCACUGGUGACCCAUGUUUCAGAAAUUCUUUCAAAUCCAUGCAGUACUUCUAAGUAAAUAUUUGAAGAAUCCAAACAAUUGAGUCCUACUUAGCACUUACCUGUAUAUUAAACCAACUUUAAAUUCCAAACCCAAGAGAUUCUGCAGAUGCUGGAAGUCCAGAGUAACAGAGUUUAAAUACCAAAUACUGUAUCUCAUUUUGCAUAUAAUAAUAACUAGUCCAUAAAGUAACUAAGUUUUGGAUAGUUACUGUUGUAAAUAUCUUGUUAUUAAUAGAAUGGGAAGCUUAAUUUCAAUUAUUUGUUUUUCUUUUUGUCAGUCUCCUUUUUUCUAUAUUAGCAUUUUCAAUGCUCUUAAUUAAUUAAUUCAGUGCUCUUCCAAUUAAGCAAAUAAAAUGCCCUUGGAAUCUGAAUACUGCUUGUGUAUAAAAUUGAAACUCAUUGUACCAUUCCUUCUCUAUAUUCAUCUAUUCUAGUUCCUCAGACUAGCAUAAUGCUGCCUGACUGAAAUAUUCCCUAGACUUUAAAGUCACUUUUUUGUACCCAAAAUAAAUGCCAAUUCUUCAUCUGAUCAUACCUCUUAACUUCCCUCAUCUGUUCUAAAACUAGAGCCCUGCCCAAUCAAUGUCAACAGAUGGAAGGUAUUUCAUCUGUAUUUCCUUUGGUCCUGUCCUUCACUUGGUUUCUAGCCAAAAAAAAAUAGCUUUUGUUUAUUCUCUUAAGUCCAUGUGUGGGCACGUGGCCACGUGGUUAAGGCAUUAGACUAGCGACCUGAAGGUCGUGAGUUCGAGCCCCAGCCGAGGCAACGUGUUGUGAACAAGGCACUUAAUCACACAUUGCUCUGCGACGACACUAGUGCCAAGCUGUAUGGGUCCUAGUGCCCUUCCCUUGGACAACAUUGAUGUCAUGGAGAGGGGAGACUUGCAGCAUGGGCAACUGCUGGUCUUCCAUACAACCUUGCCCAGGCCUGCGCCCUGGAGAGUGAAGACUUUCCAGGCGCAGAUCCAUGGUCUCGCAAGACUAACAGAUGCCUUAAAUAAGUCCUGAAACAUGGUUAGAUUAAUAAAUUUCAAUAGAAUACUUAAGGAUUCAUAUUCCUGUUUUAAGUUCUUGAUCAAUAAGCAGUAGCUCUUUUUACCAUUGUCUAGUCCAUCUAAUGCAUACUGUUGUGAAGGGGAAUAUUUUCUAACCACCAAUCUGAGCUGGAACAGCAGAACACUAGAUGGUGUAAAUCUGAAAGAAAGUUAGGAAAUGUUAGGCCUUAGUUAGGUGACACCUGCAGGAUGGGAAACAGAGUUAAAGUUUCAAGUCAAUGACCUUUCUUCAGAACUGACAAAAGCACAUCAAUCUGAAACAGUAAGUGUUUCUUUCUCCAGAGAGGCUGAGAAUCUCAUUGAGGAGUUAAUUUAGUUUUCCUUAUUAUUGCAUUCUAAGGUUAGGUUCAGUGUGUACCUCCACUAUUAGCCAAGGAUGACCUUGUUUAUUCAGCUUGGUUGAAACCUGAAUGUUGUCACCUGAAAGAACAGUUGGCACCCUUACAUGUAUACAGAAUUACCUAUCUAGCAUUUAAAUCUGAAUAUACCAACAACAAUAAUUGCUGCAAAUGCACUUAGACUAAUUGUGUUAUCAAUUUCAAAGAUAAGCAUACUUUUAAUCAAAUCUCAUUUAACAAUGCAUUGGAUAUAACCUUCAUUUAAAGUCAAGCAGGACUAAUGUGAAGUUCAUUUUUCAGGUGUCAUGACUGGACUUCCAGUUCUAAAUAUGCACUACUUUUGCAAAGAUGUAUAUCAAUAUUAAAUGAUGUAAAUACAUUAUUAAUUAUACUAUCUUUAUUAGUUUCGUAUCUCGGUUCCAAACAAACUUGUUUUCUUCAUUAAUAACUGUUCCUAGUGUGUCUGUUAUUUAAGAAGCCUCAUCUGUUAAGUUCCAGAAUUCUGGUUGCUACAAUGAUUUGAAACUACAGAAGAUUCUAACAACCUGUUGUGGUUGAUAAUAAAAUUCCCUUGGGUUUAAUGCUGGAAUUUGUCCAUUCCAUUAAUAAGUGUUAUACUGUUUGAAUGCACUGAGUGCCAAUAACCACACAAUUAAAUCUUUUAUUUUACUUUUACUAAUGUUACAAAAAUAAAAAUUCUGACUGUAUUUCAUUUUUGUUGCAAAUACAUAACUCUUUGGGUUUGUAACAUGUAAACAGUAACAUGUUUCCAUGUUCUUUUUUUCUUUCAAUCAGAUGGUACAUUAAGAAAGAUUUUAUUUUAGAAUAUCAAUAAAUGCACAGUAUAUUACGUUCUGCUUUUAUAUCAUAAUGUUCCAUGAAAUAUUACAUGUCAGAAUUCAUAUAACAUUAAUUUCAUUGUACCAGAAUGCACCUGUUUAUUUAUAUUAUUACUACAAGUAUUUAUGUCAUAGUUUAGUUACAUCACCAUAAAAACUUGUUCAUAUUUCACUUGACGUUUUCAAUUUUAAGUUAGCAAAGUAGCAAAAUAAUUCUUUUAAAACUAUUGCUAUGAACAAAGUUAAUUUCAUAAUUAAAUAGUGAGAGAUGAUCUGGAAUACAUCUCCACACAGUUGUAUUUUCUUAGUACAAAGGCCUUUAAAACAUUUUUAGUUUAUAUUCUAUUUAAUGCAGAAACUUAAUGUACAAUACCAAUGUUCAAUUAUUUAUAUUGCAAUAUAUUUGAAUGGAACUGAUUAUUUCACAGAGUUAUUUAACAUUUAAUAAA